AUGAAGGUCUCCCUCGCCUUGCUCAGCUGCCUAGCAGCGGCUCAGGCCCAUCUGGCUUUCCAGCCCAUCCAGCCCCCUCUGAGAGCCGAAGACGACGAGGGGCUUCUUUCCAAACGCGAGGCAGGGUUCUUCGAACAGCUCAUCGACCACGAUGCCCCGGAACUGGGCACCUUUCAGCAGCGCUACUGGUGGAACGCCACCUACUGGAAGGGACCUGGCUCUCCGAUCGUCCUUUUCACCCCAGGCGAAGUUGCUGCCGAGGCGUACAGCGGUUACCUGACCGAUCGCGCCCUCACCGGCAACAUUGCCAAGGCAAUCGGCGGUGCCGUCGUCAUGGUCGAGCACCGCAACUGGGGAACGUCUUUGCCCUACACCCUCCAAGACACCAAGAAUCUCCAGCAGCACACCAUGACGAACGCCGUCCUCGACUUUGUCAACCUCGCCCGCAACCUCGAACUGCCUUUCGACACCAACAGCAGCAGCAACGCGCCCCAAGCUCCCUGGGUUUACACCGGCGGCUCCUACUCGGGCGUUCUGGCCGCCGCCAUCGCCAAGCUGGCCCCGGGAACCCUCUGGGCAUACCACUCCAGCAGCGGCCCCGUCGAGGCCACCUAUGACUACUGGAGCUACUUCCUCCCGAUCCAGAAGGGCAUGCCUCAGAACUGCAGCCGCGACUUCGAGCGCAUCAUCGACCACGUCGACAACGUCCUGGUAACCGGCACCGACGACGAGGUCUACGCCCUGAAGAAGAAGUUCGGCCUGCAAGACGUCGCCCACAAGGACGACUUUGCCUCCGCCCUCGUCGGCCCCCUGGGCUACUGGCAGUCCAUCCAGCUGUACUCGGGCUACUCCGCCUUCUACGCAAUGUGCGACGCCGUCGAGGGCGCCACCGGCAACUUCACGGCCCCCAACGAGAACGGCGCCGGUCUCCCCAAGGCCCUCGACAACUAUGCCAAGUGGUGGAGCUCCGAGUACCUUCCGGGCACCUGCGCAUCGUACGGCGUGGCGGAGUGGCAGGACCCCUCGAACGUGGCCUGUUUCGAUAGCUACAACGAGACGAGCCCCAUCUACACCGACUGGACCGCCGACAACCAGUUCGGCCGCACCUGGUACUGGAUGUUGUGCAACGAGCCGUUCUUCUACUGGCAGACCGGUGCUCCCGAAGACCGCCCGUCCAUCGUCUCGCGCUUCGUCACUCCCGAGUACUACCAGCGCCAGUGCGAUCUCUUCUUUCCCAAGCAGGGGAAAUUCACCUACGCCUCCAACAGCGGCAAGACCGUAGAGGACCUGAACAAGGCCACCGGCGGAUGGCACUUCACCAACACCACUCGUCUGAUCUGGUCGAAUGGUGAAUUCGACCCCUGGCGCUCCUCCUCCGUGUCGAGCGAGCUCCGUCCCGGCGGCCCCCUCAAGUCCCGCCCCGGUGCCCCCGUCCACCUCAUCCCCGGCUCGCGCCACUGCAACGACCUGCUCGUCAGGAACGGCGACGUCAACGCGGACGUGAAGGCUGUCAUCACUGCCGAGAUCGACCAGAUCAAGACCUGGGUCGACGAGUUCUACGGCGGCAAGGGGAAGUGCAAGCGCCGCGUGCCGGAGUCGUCCGAUCUUCUAUAA